AUGCCGCCGCGUGCUCUCUUCAAACGUUGCCCUGAAGUAAAUACGAUACGUGUGGAGAUUCUUGUGGGAACCGCUCGCACCACUACGCUGCAGAAUAAACGUCACAAAAUACGAAGUGCUCUCGAUCCAGAGCACCUUCAUAGCUUUACAUUUUCUAUUAUAGCUCGCCUACGUAGCUACCCUAACCUAUUCACGAGUAUUGAAACUCGCAUAGAUCUAGGAACAACGGAUGAGAAGGCUUCACGGCAACGUGGACUAUCUACAGGCAACAAUGAUAUCGUCAAAUUGGCAUCUAAUCAUAAAAAACUAAUACCUCGUCAGAGGCUAUCUAAAGUCUCCGAGUCCUCCUCUCAAGGUGGAGGGCGCAUGCACAGCGGGGGGAAAGAAGAUAAAAGACCUCGACUAGCUCAAGCUCUAGCCCUAACCGCCAGCGCACCCAUAAAGCGAAAGAAAGAAUACGGAAAGAAUUCCUCGGUAAAACAGCAAGAAACUCAAGUCGAUGAAAACGGGGAGGAAAGCUCGCCCGAUCAGCCCAGCAAAAAGAGGCGGCCGCGUGCUAAAAACCAAGAGCCAAAUAAAGCUUUUCUACAACCUUUUGCUUGUCCUUCUUUCCAACACAACAAAACUCAAAACACAGAAUGUAGAUCUUGGCAUAGUCCCAAAAUUCUUCUAGUCAAGCAGCACUGCAUAGAGGAACACGUGAAACCACUCCGAUGCGGUCGGUGUAGGAUGUUCAAAGCUGGCACGCCAGAUGAAAUCGAGAGGCACCUGAAGGAGAGCGACUGCAAGAAAUCCUGUACUCCAGACCCAUCAGAAAAGGAUGCUCGUGCAAAGGCUAGUGAGAUAGAUAAAGCAAAAACAUGGGAGAGAAUCUACGAAGUGAUGCACCCACAGACUAUACCAGACCCAUUUUAUGAGGAACAAGCUCAAAACGAUGUGGCCGAUCAUAUGCAUAAUCAGCAAACAGUCAAUUCUUAUACUGAUGCUACCCUCACUGAAUAUGAUAGUAGUGCUAUCGUUUCAUCUCAGGGAUUUGAGUGUCUUGGGGAAGAUUUAUAUUUAAUCCAAGAUCAAAUCGCCUCUCCAGUGAGAAAUUACACCUCAACUGACCAAUACCCUCAAGAUCAAUCCCAAACCAGUGUCUCGAACGAAAAUUUGAACGGUCCGGGAUGGCAGUCGCUAGUGGAGUACUGGUCGGUUGUGGAACAGGAAUAA